AUGACAGACCAACAGCCUCGAGACACCCCCACUGCCACUGCUACUGCCACUGCUACUGACUCUCCUCCUCCUGCUGCCGCUGCAGCCCCAGCUGCUCCAUCUUCCCCCGCUCCUCAGGCUGAGCUCAUCCCCGCAGAGGACCCUGAGGAUACUUCCGAUAUUGAUCGUUAUGAAAUUGAUUCAGCUCUUGGGUCCGACGCAGACUUUGCAGAUGCGUAUCCAAGCGCUCAAGUGAUCGGCUCAGACCUCUCACCCACCCAGCCUGAAUGGGUCCCUCCAAACGUGCACUUUGAGAUCGCAGACGCAACUCUCACCUGGCCUUGGAAAGACAACUAUUUCGACUUCACCCACAUCCGCUACCUCUUUGGAGCAGUCCAAGACUGGCCUGCCCUCUUCCAAGAAGCAUAUCGGUGCUGUGCACCCGGUGGCUGGGUCCAAUCAUGCGAGGCUGACAUACAUUUCUACUCCGAUGACGGAACGACAGACAGCGAGCCUGCCCUCCAGAAGUGGGCGGAUCUGUACGAGAAAGGCGGCGCGGCAACGGGGAGGACGUUUUUUCUUCAGCAGGAGGCGCUGCAGGAGAGGAGUAUCACAGAAGCUGGCUUCACGGAUGUCAGGAUAGUUGAUUACAAGGUGCGACGACGGACUUGUUUGAGGUGA